UUAGCUGUAGGCCUACUGAGCAGUGUGACCUACCAUGUAAUAGCGCAGAGCGUGGCUAUACAUUUCAAGUCGUAAUUUGUGUCCUUAAACAGAUUACAAAACAUUAGAUCAUAAUUAGAUCAUGCAAUGGUAUCUACACACCCUGUCUAUACAACACGAAUGUGUUUGCGCAACAGCUUUGGUAUGGAACUACACAUGUGAACGUGUUUUACGCAGCAGCAGAACAGGUUAUGUGAGCCUCAACGAUGUACCCGGUUUGGGUUUAACAUGGGAGAGAGACGGAUAAGAAGGCGGCCAGGAGAGUGGAUGACUUUGUUACUCCGCCCAAAAAUGUGAAAAGGUGGGAGGGUGCUGAAACGAAAUGUAUGAGGGCAGCGGCGAGUUGGGACUCGUCUUUGUUGAGACAAGGUGGAGGAGAGGACUCAGCGUAACUUUAUGUUUUUUAUCCCUCUCAAAAGGGGAUUCACAGGCGUAUCGGCCGGGGGUUUCAAGUCAUUGUGAGUCUCAGUGGGUUAGUUGACUCCUGGUCUCUUGGUCAUCGGACAGCCUGCCGUCCAUCCAAUGUGCGUAAAAGGGGUCUAUUUCCUCACCGUCCUGUCUGGACUCGCAGCUUCAGGCGUGCUGCAGGUUAGCGGGAUGCGUAUAUACACAUCUGGGAAUGUGGAGGCAGUCAAUGGGACGGAUGUUCGCCUGAAGUGCACAUUCCAGAGUUCCUCUCCCAUCAACCCCAACGCCAUCGUCAUCUCAUGGAGCUUCAGACCCCUCAAUCUAGACCAAGAAGAGUCGGUGUUCCACUAUCAGCAGAAACCAUAUCCUCCCUUAGAGGGCCCUUUCAGGAAACGUGUCGUUUGGGCCGGUGAUGUCAUGGGCCGUGACGCCUCCAUCAUACUUCAACAGGUCAAGUUCACCUACAACGGCACUUACAUCUGCCAGGUCAAGAAUCCACCGGAUGUCCACGGCACGGUUGGAAAAAUUCGACUCCGCGUCGUCACCACAGCCUCUUUAUCCGAACUUCUCCUUCUGGCGUUGGCCAUCGGGGGCGGUAUUGCUGCUGUGGUCAUCCUCCUCAUCAUCAUUUUGUCCUGCAGGCGGUGCAAGAAGAGGAGACAGGGAGAGCGGGAAGGGAAUGAGGAGGCUCCCCGCAAAGAGAGAAAAGACCCCACUGUGUGGUAAGACCAAGAGAAAGACAGAGAAGAGGAACAGGGGAAUAGAGAGAGGAACAGAAGAAUCACACACUUCCUCUCUCGCUCUUCUUUUAACUCUGGGGUUCGGGGCGCUCCUUCUUGGGCCCAGCUCUUUUUCUACUGGAUGUUUUUUACUUCCUCCUUCCUCUCACCGCAGUCUUUGAAUCCCAAACCUUGACUAGUUGAUGAACAGCUGUCAUUAACCAGAGAUAAAUUGGGAAUGUGUCCUUGUAUAGGAAGCUGUAGAUACAGAACUUUAGCCAGACUACUGUGUAGCUUUCAUGAUAUCACCGUGUGCCUUUCAUUUCUGGAGAGAAACAACAGUUUAAUCAGUUCAUCUUUUUCCUGUUCACCUAAUCUGGCUUCCAAGCACAUUUCCUGUUUAGAGUAAAUGUUUUGAUGAUGUAGAGGUUUAACAAUGGUGUAUUCCUGCUGUUUACUUGUCUACUAAUACAUUUCAAACCCAAACGUACCACAACAGUACAAGCCACAUGUUUGAUAUAUUGCUUCAACAAACAAUAGAAACUGUGGAACAAUGAAUGAGCACCUCCCUAACUUCCAUUGAAAAUUUGUCACCACAUGAUGGGAACAUUAUGAAACCCCACACAUGUCCGGGGUCUCUAUCUAUCAACCCUCAUUUCAAGGGUCGUAUAUAUCAGCUGUAUGAUCCACUUUACUGUGGUUCUUUUGAAUCCACAGGAAGAUGCUGGUGUGCCUUUCUUUUUUUUGUUUCACUACUGAAGUUAUAUUGCUGUAUUUCUGAGAUUAUGUGCGGUUAUUAACCUGAUGUUGAGACAGAAAUAAUCAAGAUGCUAUCAAAUAAUCAAAACCUGAUGGAGAGCACUUGGUAUAAACAGACAUUUCAUACAGUACUUACUUGACAAAGUGGCAAAUCUUUUUACCAACCCAUAGCCAAUGGCCAAUGUUUGUUUUGAACAUAUAUAAGCUGUUUUGUCAAAAGUAUCUUUUUUCUGUUUCUCUCUUGGGUUUUCAGAUCUCUCUGUAAAAUGUGCCAUAACUAGUUACCGUCACCACAGUGUAACACAAUACUGUAACUCACUGUAUUCACCAGAUGUUAAAAGCCAAGCUCCUCAAGGAAAGGUUGACUGUUUUGCUUUCAUCUUGGUCGAUCAGAUUUAUUCAGACUUCAAACCGAAGCUGUCAUUGAAAAAGUUGGUGAAGGAAGCACAUAUUUUUACCCCAAUCAUAUUCAGAUGGGUGAACAGAGAUUUCGAUCUUCGCUCUCAACUUAACGACUUAAACCUGUGUGACACUAACCCUUUGUCCCGGCUGCUGUGUUUGUGUUGUCUAUUCGUCUUUGUCCUGUCCCCAUUGUGUGUGACUUAUGCACAUACAUGCACAUAAAUAAUUCAUGAAUGUGUCAUGCAUGAAUUCAAAUCAUACACUAUUGUGUGUGUGUGCUAUCUUGCUCCCCCUGGUGCAUGUCUCCCUCUCCUCUCUGUGCGUGUGUGUCCCAGCCUGAAGGGACAGUGGGACAAUUUGUGCUCAAUAACUCUCUGUUGUCUUAGACAUGGAUCUUGUUAGGUGUGCGAAGUCAGUAGCAAAAUCAGCUGCAAAAUGCAACUGAAAGUAGUCAGAAUGAGGAAGUUUUCUGUCAUUAUGAGCCAUAUAAAGACCUUUACAUUUUUGAGAGUGCCUAACUUUUGCAAACCCUUCUCAAAACGACUUAGCACGGUAUAAACGUGUAGAAUCUGUGGGAUCAUCUUUCAUAUAGUUUUACAAUUCAAUGUCAUUAAGGAUAAUGUAGGUCUUGCAUUUCAAUCAGUUAUGCACAGCCAUAAUACCUGCCAGUCUUAGAGCGCUUGUUAAAAGCAGUUUUAUCCUCCAACUGAAGGCUGAGGGGCUUAUGUCACAUCAGAUUACUUGGAUUAAAAAGCAUAAAUGUGAUGUUGCUGUCCUUAAGUCUGAAGGCCAAGUACUUGACCACUUAGCGAGCAACCACAUGCACGUACCUGUCCUGAGUGUUGUGUUGGCGCACACAGUCAGAUCUGAAAACCCUUUGAUUACAAAAUGUCCAUAAGAGCAUGUUUUCUCUGUGUGUCUGUGAAUGCAUCAUGUCUACUAACAGUUGAUUGUAACACCUGUUUUUAUUACGUUUUAUGACAGAAUUUUGUACUUGUGAUGUAAUACUGAGCAAUAUGUUUAUAGAUUAUUAUUUUUUUAUUUUUUAGAUAAUGCCAGAAGUAUUUUAUCACAUUGUUUAAAAAGUCACUGUAUGUGUUUGUUAUAGAGCUUUUAUAUAAUGAAAAAAGAUUUUAUAAUAAAAAUGCCUUUAAAUGUU